AUGGCAUCCGCCAAUGCUCUGCUCCUGCUCUUCUCAGCCGCUUUCUGCUUCCUUGCCCGGCGGGCCGCCGGCGACGACUGGCAGAGCGCCAACGCCACUUCCUCUAGCGGCGACGACAGGGACAUCUUCGACCUACCCGGCGGCGCGUGCGGCUACGGAGACCUAUACAGCGCGGGAUACGGGACCAAAACGGCGACGGUGAGCCCGGAGCUGUUCAACGACGGCGCGGCGUGCGGGGCCUGCUACGAGCUCAAGUGCGUCGACGCCGGCAGCUCGUGUCUGCCGGGCAGCAUCGUCGUCACCGCCACCGACAUGUGCCGGCACAGCUACUUCGACGAGGGCGGCUGGUGCAACCUGCCGCGCGCCCACUUCGUGAUGUCCGAGCCGGCCUACACGCAGAUCGCCGUGCGCGGAGCUGGUUUCGUGCCCGUCAGCUACAGGAGGGCGCCCUGCGUGAGGAAUGGCGGGAUCAGGUUCAGAAUCAGCGGCCUCUUGCUGUCAACCGAGGUUCUGGUCACCAACGUCGCCGGCGCCGGGGACGUGCAGUCCGUCUCGAUCCACGCAUCCAGCAUCGGGUGGAUGCCCAUGACCCGCAUGUAUGGACAGAAAUGGCAGAAGAUCUCCGAACUUCACGGCCAGAGCCUCUCCAUCUCGGUCACCAUCAGCGACGGCCGCACCGUCGUCAGCAACAACGUCGCCCCAGCCGACUGGCAGUCCGGCCAGACCUUCCAAGGGGGCCAGUUCUAG